CGCGCGCGGAAAGAGGCGCGACGGGCACGAUGGCGGCCCUCAAGCUCGAUUACUCCGUGCUGGACGCGCCGCAGCGCGCGACGGACAGGAUAGAGGCCGACUGCGCGCGAGAGAUCCACGGCGACGUUCACGCGCAGAACUUCAAGCUGCCCAUGGUCGAGAACUACGACGAGUUCCAGCGCGAGGUUGUCGAUUACGUCAAGCCCAAUCACGGCACCACCACGCUCGGUUUCAUCUUCGAGCACGGCGUCGUCAUCGCGGUCGACUCUCGCGCCUCCCAAGGGCCGUACAUCUCGUCGCAGACGGUCAAGAAGGUGAUCGAGAUCAACCCCUACCUGCUCGGCACCAUGGCGGGCGGCGCGGCGGACUGCCAGUUCUGGCAGCGCAACCUCGGCAUCCAGUGCAGGCUCCACGAGCUGGAGAACGGCAAGCGCAUCUCCGUCGCGGGCGCGUCCAAGCUCCUCGCCAACACCCUCUACGGCUACCGAGGCCAAGGCCUCUCCAUGGGCACCAUGGUCGCGGGAUGGGAUCUGAAAGGACCGGGGCUGUACUACGUGGACUCGGACGGCACCCGGCUCAAGGGCCAGCGGUUCUCGGUGGGAUCUGGGAGCCUGUUCGCGUACGGCGUCCUCGAUCAGGGGUACAGGUGGGAUCUCAGCGUGGAAGAGGCGUGCGAGCUGGGCCGAAGGGCCAUCUAUCACGCCACAUUUCGCGACGCGUUUUCCGGCGGGACGAUAUCCGUGUAUCACGUAAACGAGAACGGGUGGACCAAGGUGAGCGGCACCGACGUGGGCGAGCUGCACUUCGAGUACUACCCCGCGGACCCGGUCGAGAACCCCGAAGGAGGGAAAGGAGCGGGCGGCGGAAAAGACAAAGACGCGGCGGGGGACGCCAUGGAGUCGUGAGCGGUCUCCGCCCGAUUGUAACUUUAAGCGUACGUCGCUCCGAUUAUUCGCUUCC